GGAAGUGGGACCAAAACAAAGGAGCGGCGGCCGGGAGCGGAGUUACCUCACCUUCUGUCUCUUCCGCGCACGUCCCAGCCGGGCCGCCGACCCCAAGGAGCCGUCCGACUAUGUCCAACAUGGAGAAACACCUGUUCAACCUGAAGUUCGCGGCCAAAGAACUGAGCAGGAGUGCCAAAAAAUGCGAUAAGGAGGAAAAGGCCGAAAAGGCCAAAAUCAAAAAGGCCAUUCAGAAGGGCAACAUGGAAGUUGCGAGGAUCCACGCCGAAAAUGCCAUCCGCCAGAAGAACCAGGCGGUGAAUUUCUUAAGAAUGAGUGCGCGAGUCGAUGCAGUGGCUGCCAGGGUCCAGACGGCGGUGACGAUGGGCAAGGUGACCAAGUCGAUGGCUGGUGUGGUUAAGUCAAUGGAUGCGACACUGAAGACCAUGAAUCUGGAGAAGAUUUCUGCCUUGAUGGACAAAUUCGAGCACCAGUUUGAAACUCUGGACGUCCAGACGCAGCAAAUGGAGGACACGAUGAGCAGCACGACGACGCUCACCACUCCCCAGAACCAAGUGGAUAUGCUGCUCCAGGAAAUGGCAGACGAGGCGGGCCUCGACCUCAACAUGGAGCUGCCGCAGGGGCAGACCGGCUCCGUGGGCACGAGCGUGGCUUCGGCGGAGCAGGAUGAACUGUCUCAGAGACUGGCCCGCCUUCGGGAUCAAGUGUGACGGCAGAACCCGCUCUGAGGUUUCCUGGCCAUAGCCACCCUUCGAAAUGCUCUCUGUGUGUCAGAGAGAUACUAUACCCUAGAAACUCUGAACACGCCAGAAUGCUGAAAUGCUCUUCUACCUUUGGGUUUACAGUCGUCCCCUCCAGAUAAAUUAAGAAAUUCAGUAUUUCUCCACUCUUAGCUGGGUUCUGAAGUUCUGUAUAGCUCGUAAUGAUGGUAUUUUUAUAGCAGCCUUUUAACAGAACUAGUUAAUUUGGUGUAUAUGAAUCUUUCUCGAAGAUCUGGUCAAAACUGUAUUCAGUUUUCUGACUAGAAUGAUCAGAUUGAAGGUGGUUGGUUUUUAUUAUUGAUAUUAUUUAGUGUGAUUGGUAAUAUCUAGAAUGGCAGGCGGUGCAUACAAGUUAAAGAGGGGGGAAAGGUAAACACCAUUCAGUGUAUUCGGUAGACUGUGCUAUUUCUGUUUAUCCUUUGGGUUUUGGUUUUUGUUUUUGCCUUCACAGUGAGACUGCAAUUGAUCUCAUAACGUAUGUUAUUAAUAAAUCUCGUCCCAUAAUUUAUACUGAAAUUACCUUAGGAUAUUUUUGCAUAAUGCUCUCUUACUGCUUACAUUCUAUACAUUUUUCAUGUGAUAAUUGUCUUUGCGUAACUGGGAAAAAUGCCGUAUGACUUCAUUAUCUGGAAAAAUUAAAUUUGUUCGUUUAUAUUUUCUACUUACUAAAUUGAGUUUUUAAAAAGACUUAGUGUGACAUUAUAUAGUGUCUUUCAAACGAACAAGUUUAUAGUUAUUUUCCUGUUUCGACACUAUUAGACGUCUUAUAAAUUAUGCUAAUUAGCACGGCAGUCUUGUUACACACUCUUAACAUUGCCAAAGAACUGUUGAUUGUUUGAGAAAACCCUGGGACUGUGUGUGUGUAGGUUUUGUUUUGAUUUUAACAACCAAAAAUAGAAAUAAAAUUAGAACUGCAUUUUAAGUUCUAAUUUGCAUUUAUUAAUUUGUCCAAAAGCAACAACUCUUUGAAAACCUUGAAAAUAUAAGCUGGGAUGUUUUACUUAGCCAUGCAGGUCAUUUAUGUAUACAUCCAGCCAGCUGGAAGUCUGAGAAUUAAAGAGGUAGGACUGGAAGGAAGGAGAAUGCUGGACUCUUUAAGGCUGGAGCCCAGCUGUGCUGCCUGCCGUCUUCUCAGGAAUGGCAGUGCGUAUUUUUUGGCUGAAAAGUAAAGCAUGUAGCCAGCCACCGCUUUCUCAUAGCCUGGAAACAUGGAGAAAAGCAACUUACUUUUGCCUUGGCAAGUAUUCUAACCUAAGUUAAUUCAAGUUUUUUUUAACUUACCCUUUCCUUCACUGGAAGAUUUUUCCAUAAGAGAAUUCCAUUGUUUCAGAAAAUAAUUAUAGGGGCCCUUCCAAGUUCUUUGAAAGAUUCGUAACCAACUGUUCACUAUUAUAACAUGUGUUCCAGUGUAAAUGAGUAAGGAAAAAAAACAGGUGUAACAGGUGUGUGCAGAUGAGGAGUGGCCUUCAUAUUCAUUGUAUAUUUGGAUGUUGUUCUGAAGUGUGCUUUGAGGCACACUUGUUGGUUGCCUGCCCAGCAUCUUCUCUGAGAACGCCC